UGUCCGGUUCCCUAUCGGCUACAUUCAAUGCCACAGAGCAGACGUUUAGACUGGCUAGCUGUGCUUAAACUGAAACAUCCGCCGAAAAAAGUUUAUGUCUGUUCGCACCAUUUCGUUCACAAACGACCCACCGAAGACCAUCCCAACCCGGAAUUAUUCCUUGGAUACGACAGACCAGUAGUGAAGAAGAGACGAACAAUUGUUCGUGUCGAAGCGACAGCAACAGCAGAAGUGACAGACCAGGAGGAUGAGGGCAUACCUGAGGUGCCACAACAACCAUCACACAGCACUGUUUCCAGCCAGUGGGAAGAUCCAUCGCUCUGGGACCACAGCUAUGGUGAACAGCAGGGUGUUGAGGAGACGGCCGAAGAUGCCACAACACAAACUGAAGAUUUCAGCUAUUCCAUGCUUCAGAGUGAUGCAGAUUCGUUCCUCUACACUGGAGUCUCACUGGAAACCUUCAACUCUCUUGUUUCCACCUUAGAAGGAUUUGCUGAAAGGGCUUCUGUUUUGUCAGUGCGUGAUCAGAUACUAAUGACACUGAUCAAAUUGAAAUUGAAUCGUGUGCUUGGUGACCUUGGUAGGCAGUUUCAUGUGUCUCAGAGUGUAGCCAGUAAGGUCAUCUCUUUCUGGAUCGAUAAAAUGGAGGAGGUCUUACGCCCUCUUAUUAUCUGGCUUCCAAAAGAAACCAUUAAGGCCACCAUGCCAACUGCAUUCAAGCGCUUUUUCCCCAACACCACCUGUGUCAUCGACUGUAGCGAAAGUUUGUUACAGAAGGCGAAAAAUCUUGACUCUAGAGGAGAGUCCUACAGCCAUUACUACUCGCACAAUACAAUCAAGUACCUUGUUGUUGUUGCCCCAUGUGGCUUAAUCAUGUUUAUCUCAAGUGGAUAUGGAGGACGCGCCAGUGACAAGUUUAUCACUAUGAACUCUGGUAUCUUGGACUAUUUGAGGCCUGGAGAUGAAGUCAUGGCAGAUCGUGGGUUUUUAAUUCGUGAUUUAUUGUUUGAAAGAAGGGUCAAAUUGGUUCUGCCCGCUUUCACUAGAGGGGGUUCUCAGCUAACUGAGGAACAAGUCACAGCAACUCGCAGGAUUGCAAAUGUGCGGAUUCAUGUUGACAGAGCAAUUAGGCGACUUAAAGUAUAUAAGAUCUUGUCUCAUGUCAUACCAAUAAACAUGACGCCCAAAAUUGAAAAAAUCCUCAGAAUCUGUGUGGCCCUAGCCAACUUAAGGGGUGAUCUCAUCUGUGAGCGAUAGGUGACAACGGUUGUGUUCUGAUGCUGUUGGGGUAGGGGUAGGGCGCACGCACGCGCACACACACACACACACACACACACACACACACACACACACACACACACACACACACACACACACACACACACACACACACACACACACACACACACACACACACACACACACACACACACCCUUUAUACAUCUACAGAAAGGUUUACAGAAAGACUGAUUACAAAAAGACUGAUUACACAAUAUGUGACCUGAAAUUGAUUUAAUAACACUACUUUGUACAUCUACAUAAAUUGCUCCUGUAUAUUUCGUAUUGA